CGCGCAUCAGCAGAGGCGCUUUGCGGGAGGUCGCGCGCGGAACUUCUCCCGGUAUUAGCGCGCGUGAAAGAGGCGGUGAAGCUCGCAGACAUGCUGCCGGACGGCAGAUUCGUCGCUCUCACACUCCUGCUGGUGUCCGCCCUGGUCUCACACGGGUCUCAGUGGACUUUUCGGCAGGAACAGGAAGAUGCGAGCAGCGAGGUGUGUUCAGAGAACAACAUCGUCACCACCAAGUAUCCGUGUGUGAAGACCACGGGAGAGGUGACCACAUGUUACAGGAAGAAAUGCUGCGGAGGCUUUAAGUUCGUCCUGGGCCAGUGUAUUCCUGAAGAUUACGACGUGUGUGCCGACGCCCCCUGUGAGCAGCAGUGCACAGAUCAUUUCGGUCGCGUCGUCUGCACGUGUUACCCCGGUUACCGCUACGACCGAGAUCGCCAUAGAAACCGACAGAAACCCUACUGCUUAGACAUCGAUGAGUGCAGCAGCAAGAAUGAGACAGUUUGCUCUCAAAUCUGCAUCAACACUCCGGGCAGCUACAAGUGCGACUGUGAGACGGGUUUCUACCUGGAGGAGGACGGCAAGACAUGCAGUAAAGGACAAAGAAAUCCUCUCUUUGAGAAGUCUGAUAACGUGAUGAAAGCGGGAACCUGCUCAGCCACGUGUGAAGACUUUCAUCAGAUUAAAUUAAACGUGUUUCAGCUCAAGCAGAAGAUGUCCAUGCUGGUGAGCAACACUGAGAUCAACAAGCAGAUGACCAGUGAGAAGAUGCUGACAGCACAUUCGUUCCUGCCUGGACCUCCAGGACAACCAGGACCUCCUGGGGUUCCUGGUCCUAAAGGUUCUCCUGGACCCCCUGGGAGAGCUGGCGGUCCAGGGCUACCUGGUCCUCGGGGUGCAAUGGGGCCCAUGGGUCCCUCACCGGACCUCACACACAUCAAACAGGGCCGACGUGGACCAGUGGGUCCUCCCGGUGCUCCAGGCAGAGACGGCAUGAAGGGGGAGAAAGGGGCUCCUGGACCUUCCGGACCUCCGGGACCUCCAGGAUCGUUCGACUACCUCUUACUGCUCUUGGCCGACUUCCGUAAUGACAUCGCAGAGCUGCAGCAAAAAGUCUUCGGCAAGCAGAUUCCGUCCCCCGCCGAGGAUUUCUGGAAGGACGCCGUGGACCUCGGCUCCGGAGAGGACUUUAAGUCCAAGGGCCAUGUAAGGAGGAAGCGGAAAUCACCUGGCGCUUCUGCUGAUCCUGACUGGAAGAUCUGAGAAGUUUUUAUUUACAAAAAAGAAAAAGAAAAGAAAAAGAGUCACAAACUGAAAAGGGUGUAAAUAAUGUUUAUUUAACUGCAUACUCUUUUAAGUGAAGCCCUGAAUGUAUUUCUUUGUAUGAAAUUCUAUUUUUUUAACAUAAAAGAUGUACAUAUUUAUCACUC